UCAGACUGUACAUGUAUACUUCCUAAUGCUUGGGGGUUACCAUAAACCUUGCGGCACAUCUCUGUUCAGUCAUUAACCAAAUCGACAUCAGUGUGUACACAUCUCUACAGCGUGUUAUUGUACACACAUGAACUGUAUACCCGGCUACAACUUCCUCCGGAAAAAUAAUAAAUGGAUGACUGAUGAAAGUUUUUUUUCAUUGCUGGUGAAAAUUUCCCUGUCUAUUUACAGUCGCUUCAGUGGACUUUUUAAAGAAUCGCACCUCACCGGGAAACCAACUCCAGGAGAACUUACUCGUGCAUAAAAUGUGAGUGCUAUUUUAGUUUAGUGAGUGGGUGCUACACAAGCUGUGAUCAAGCUUUGGACUCCUACGUGACUCUAAGGUUCUCUCCACUCUCUCGUGUAACCCGUCAAGGCUCGAGCUAGUGUGUACAUGUGGUAGCUGUCGCACGGUUGCGGCUCGUAUUUGACCAACGGCUUUAUUUGUACACUGAUCAAUGCUGUGCAUACACAAAGACUCGGAGUUGUGAGUAAACCUUGUGUGACUGUAUUUUCAUAUUAGACUGGUCGGACUGUAGGGGGAAGACAUGGCCUUCUCUACAGCUCCUACCAUCCUGUGUUUUCACGCUGCUGUACUCGCCGUUUUCCUGGUUCGAUGCUCGGCGAUCAGAGAUGUUAAAUGUGAGCCCAUCACCAUCCCAAUGUGCCGUGAUAUUGGGUAUAACAUGACGUACAUGCCCAACCAGUUUAACCAUGACACACAAGACGAGGCCGGACUUGAGGUGCAUCAGUUCUGGCCUCUGGUGGAGAUCCAGUGUUCAGCGGACUUGAAGUUUUUCUUAUGCAGUAUGUACACUCCAAUCUGCGUGACGAACUAUCACAAGCCACUGCCGGCUUGUCGGUCGGUGUGCGAGCGGGCCAAGUCGGGCUGUGCACCGCUGAUGAGACAGUACGGAUUCGCCUGGCCGGAGAGGAUGCGAUGUGAGGAUUUACCUGAAUUCGGCAACCCAGACCAGCUUUGCAUGGGGUUCAACACCACCGAGAAACCCACUCCAAAGCCAACCAUCCCUACCGUCACCAAGCAGCGUCCAUCCCAGCCGACGGACGGUGGGUGUCCCUGCUCCUGUAAAGAACCCUUCAAAACAGUGCCACCACAUCACCCGUACUACGGUCGUGUCAGCACCGGUGGUGUGUCCAGCUGUGCUACCCCUUGCAAUGGUGCCUUCUUCUCGCCCGAUGAGAAAACAUUUGCAACCUUCUGGAUCGGUUUGUGGUCAAUUUUAUGCUUCGUUUCCACACUCACCACUACCUUAACUUUCCUGAUCGACAUGGAGAGGUUCAAGUACCCAGAGAGACCCAUCAUCUUCUUGAGUGGAUGCUAUUUAUUCGUCUCCUUGGGAUACAUCAUCCGUCUCAUCGCAGGCCACGAGACAGUGGCUUGCAACGGGGAGUACAUCCGCUACGAGUCCACUGGGCCUGCCGUCUGCACCAUCGUUUUCCUCCUCGUGUAUUUCUUCGGGAUGGCCAGCUCGAUCUGGUGGGUCAUCCUCUCCCUGACGUGGUUCCUAGCAGCCGGUAUGAAAUGGGGCAGCGAGGCCAUAGCGAGUUACUCCCAGUACUUCCACCUUGCGGCAUGGCUGGUACCGAGCAUCAAAUCCAUCGCAGUUUUAGCUCUAAGCUCCGUGGACGGCGACCCGGUUUCAGGGAUCUGCUUUGUCGGUAAUCAGAGUGUGGAGAAACUUCGGGGCUUCGUGCUUGCCCCCCUCUUCGUGUACCUCAUCCUUGGAACAUUCUUCUUGCUGGCGGGAUUUGUUUCGCUAUUCCGCAUCAGACAUGUCAUCAAAGCAGGAGGCAGUAAAACAGACAAACUUGAGAAACUGAUGAUCAGAAUUGGGGUAUUUACAGUACUUUACACGGUGCCAGCUACCAUCGUGAUUGGGUGUUAUUUCUACGAACAACAUGCCCGUGGCAAAUGGGAAAGAACACACACAUGUGGCUGCAAAAACACAGCAGUUACAUAUCCCGAUUAUUCUGUUUUUAUGCUCAAGUACUUUAUGUGCCUAGUCGUUGGGAUCACGUCUGGGGUUUGGAUCUGGUCCGGAAAGACCCUUGAAUCGUGGAAAGGAUUUUAUUAUCGUUUAUUUGGAAAGAGAGAACUGGACAGAAUCGGUAAGCCAUCCAACCCAAAGGCUGUUCCGUUGGCACAUGUUUGAUCAAAUUUAUCAAGAGCUGCGAAAAACUGUAUCCAUGGUGUACCAACGAACUCAUGACGAUAACACUGUCAUUAAUGGACGAGUUGUCUAAUGUAUCCAAUUACAAAAACACUGAGUAACUCUCCAUAGAAUGCUUAUUAAUGUGUACAGAAAUUAUUUGAUUUUUUAUAGCUUUUUAUGGCACCCUGUGUCAGUGUUUUAUACAACCUGUGAUAUAUUUUAAAAUGCAUUAUAAGGAAGUCAUUUGCAGUCGAUAUUUGCAUCUAAUUGUUUAAACAUCUCUGGGUUUUUCUUUCUGCCUUCUUGUUGUCCUACUCAAGCGAGCCGGGCAGCAGCAGUGCAAACAUUGGUUACAUCACCCACGUCAACAUGCCGACCAAUGUCUUCAAUACACUCUAAUGAAACACACGGGUUUCUAAAACUUUCUCUCUUUUGUUCGUAUGUGUAACGUGUUCUUAGCGGGACAAACGCUGGGUAAACGGUACCAUGCCUCACUAAUGGAGAGGCGGUGAGCAUAUAGAGUAUGUUACUGUUAGCUUUGUCCAAACGCAAGCUGUUGGACGUCCAUUAUAUAGACGUGGCCAAAUAAACCCACUCAAAGAUUUACUUGUAUUGUAAACGGAUGAAUUUACCAUUUUGCGAGUGUUGCAUUUGUUGCGAGAGGGAAAACUCUUUGAAACUAUAUUUCACAAGGAGUCACAUGCGUCUAAAACACUGCUAGAAAAAUCUACUCAGAAUUAUAUUUUUGUAACAUAACUUGUAUAUGUAUUUGUAAUAAUGGAAUAUAAGAAUAAUGUGAACAGUCAUCUUGUACAACCAUUGAGAACGUCAAUUGCUGCGUAGUCGAGAGUGAUACCAAUUGUAUUUCAAACUGCUGGGUUAAAACAUUUUAAGGGGACUUAAACACAGAUUUGGUUUGAUAUCACGUACUACUAACUGCAUGUUUAUUUGCUAUACUGGUUUCUAUCAAAAAGUGUGACUAUUUGGUUUUACAGGAACUGAGUUUGUAGAGCGUGUUAUAUCAAUACUAUGUUGUUAUGGUAACGUUUCCUCAACGAAUGGCCUGGCUGGACGGGUUUGACAAGCAUCACCCAGUUUGCCCUUGGGCGGCAAAAUAUCUCCUCGAUAAAAGACAUUCUUGAGAUGUGAUGUCCCACGUAGCAACUGCCAUUUAACUUUAAGAUGUCAGUCUGAUUAUACAUUGAUUUUCUGAUUCAUUUACAAUGUAUUUAUCGUUCAAUAGAGUCAGUUUUCAUUCGAGAAAAUUGUGUCAACCUCGUUUAUCAAAACCUAGUAUUGAAAUUCUUGGUUGGUAAUGUGUGGUUGGUAAAUUUAUCAUCCCAUACCGGAAACUGUUUCCUCGUUGAAUUUGAACGAUGAGCCUCUGACGUCACCUAACGAUGCAAUGUCAUUAUAAUCAGUAAAUGUCAGAUGUGUUGUUGUAUUAAAAAAUUAUUGACUAAGUCAACAGUGAUCUUUGACCCUUCUCUUUCAAAAAUAUCUGCUGCUACAAAUUCAAAUGCCGCUUGAGAUACAACCAGGGUUUAUAAUUUAACAGUGGAAAUUUUUAAUUUGCAUGUGAGUUUUAAAAUAUCUGAUAAUGGUUCUAUGUUACUUCUAUUUAUCCUUUAAUGGGAAAUAUUGUGUCUGUAAUAAUUUUAGCACUUUAAGUGUGGGCUGUAAUGAUACUUUAAUUGAGGGACACAUUAAAAUGAUCAUUUUAUAAUGAAUAUUUCAACUAUUUUAUGUGUGAAGUUUCAAGAAACUUCCAAGUCAUUCGUCUUAUUUUGAAAUAUAUUGGAAUCUCAAUGUACUUCGAUAGACAUGUAGUCUGGAUUUACACAAGGACCUUAGACGCAAGUUGGUUUAUUAAAACAAUACAGAAUUGAAAUAUUUAAUUUAAACAAAUUAUGGUUGGAAUUUAUUUGAUGCUGUAGUGAUUUUUCUUUUUGAAGGGAUGGUACAACAUUGGUAUAUAUCUUGUUUGAAAUUUAUUGCAUAUUUUUGGAGUUUUCUUGGUGAAAGCAUUAACACAAUUUCAUUGUGAGACUCAUUUAAAUGUUGGUGAGAAAGUUCUGAACUUAACAUUGUACAGAUUACCGGCAACAAAAACGUCCAACUUUUAAAGUUGCCUUCAAUUUUUAUGAGUGUUCAACUCAAGCUUGAAUGUAAAGUUGAACUUUUGAAAAGAGUGGUCAGAAUUCAACCAACGUGGAACCCAAUGUGGACAAGCUCAAUCCUUGUUUAAGGAAGAUUUGAAUGAAUGUUAGAAUCCCAAACCAAUGUUUUACCGCCCCUUUUGUAUUUCAUCUAGAAUUCUGGGUUAACCCUAUGUUGAAUUUUGUUCUUGCAUUCUUAGUCCCAUGGGGCUAGUUAAGAUUGUUGAAAUGUGUUUGCAUUGGUUGUACAGUACGCCUUAAUAGUCAAAUGGUGACAUCUUCACUGGGUGGGUUGAUGGGUAUUGGAAAUCGAAUGUUCAUUGACACAUUGUAAAACUUCAUUGAUUGUUCAUCCAAGCCUUGAGGUACACAGCCAAACUUUAAAAAUGGUAAAACUUUAACUCAUAAAAAGACGAUGCUCUCUUAUGAACUAUUGUAAACUAAAAUAAGAUAAACUAUAAUAUAGUUGUUCGUAAUAUGAAAUUGACACUUAAAAGUGGUGUGAGUAAAAGAAAGCAGUAAAACGAAU